AGUUCAUUAUUGCGGAAACGCUUAUUGAAAAGAGUAUUGUAGAUGAAUCAAAGUCACGCAGCUUGAAGGACAGACUCAAAGAAAGCCAAAAACAGGAACAUGAGGUGGUGGUUGAAAAUUGAGUAGUGUUUCUGAGAGGACAUGGGAGAGGUUAUUUUGUAGAUUGUCCAACAUUAAGAGCAAGAAGUGAAAGAUAGCUGAAACCGAAAGAGAAGACGUUGCGAAAGACAUUUGCAAGAUAAAAACGCAGCUUUUUUGGAAGAAAUAAAUCUCAGUAAACAUGCAGUCCAGUAUGGAGGAGUUGAAUUCAGAGGAUUCUGGUGUUCAGGACGUAGGACCUCAGAUCAAAGGGCUGGUGGUGGAGAUCCUAGAGAUGAUAUCUGUUCUGCUGGUGUGGAUGAGACGGAAGGCUGUGGAGAUGGUUAUUAUUAUCUGCGUGAUUCUGCUGGUGUUCUGGGUGGCUUUAUUCCUUUAUGGCAGUUUCUAUUAUUCCUUUAUGCCCACGGCCAAUUUCGUUGCACCUGUCAACUUUUUCUACAGCAGAACUGAUUGUCCAUCUCAUCACCCUAUGUGUUCUUUCCCUGUGGCCAAUGUCUCUUUACUGAAAAAUGGAAAACAUCAGGUAAUGACAUACGGCCAACCCUAUCAGAUCACACUUGAGUUGGAAAUGCCAGAGUCUCCAACCAAUCAGCAGCUGGGAAUGUUUCUAGUGACAAUUACUCCUUAUUCCAAAGCUGGUCAGAUAAUUGGUGUUUCAUCACGUUCUGCAAUGCUCCAUUACCGCUCCUCUCUUAUUCAAACUCUGGGCACACUGGUUUUCUCCCCCAUGUUUUUAUCAGGAAUGUCAGAGCAGAAGCAGUCUGUCACAGUGGAGCUGUUCUCUGAAUUCAAAGAUGAUUCUUACAAACCCACUGUUGGAGCUAUGCUUGAGAUACACACUCCCAAUAUUCAGAUCUACAAGGCAAACCUCUACAUCUUUGCUCACUUUACAGGCAUCAGGUAUCUGCUGUAUCAGUUCCCUCUGAUUUCUGCCCUGAUGGGGGUGAUGACUAAUUUCGCUUUCCUCAGUUUGAUCAUCGUUCUCAGCUUCUUGCAGUUUAACCUCAAUGGUCGCCAGUUUCGUAGAAAGGCUCAUAUGCAACAAGAGGAAAUGGAUGAAAUUGAUGACCUGUUGGAUGAUCAGUCUGAACCCCAUGAUAGAGGAAUUAUACCAGAAAAUGUUGACACCAUGGAUUGCAAUUCAGCAGAUAUGGAAGAAUCCAUUCCAGAUGUGACAGGGGAGGAUAGUGGCGACUCCAGAGAACUAACCAAUGAUGAGCCCAUCUGUGAGGCUGGGAAUGAAGAAACGAUUCUGAGGUGCAGACAUUUAUCACAGGACAGCUUUCGGGCACCUCAAGUGUUAACAGAGACCACGGAUAAAAACUACUAUCGUGUUGGUGUCUGUUCAAGCUCCUAAGGAGGGAAUGAGGAGAAAGGUUAAUAAAACCAAAGGUCCCCUUGAUAGAUUUGUGAACAAAUCGCUUGUAUGCUUAUUUCAACAUUAAUCAAAACAAGCAUGAGUGGAUUGCACCAUUAUAAUCAUGUAUUGUUCUGUAUAUUACCAGUAUAUUCAAAACGAACCUUUCCAGAAGUAUCCUUUGUUGUGGAAUAUUACAUAAUAAUAUCAUCAACAAUAACUACAACCCCAAAAGAAAAAAUGAGAAUGUGCAAAUAAACAGCCCAAGGGGAGGAAUGA